CACUGGUUAUAGCGUCCUAAAUUGGCGCCUGAAUUUUCUGUUAAGCAUUAUUUGUGUUAUUGUCCAUAAUAGAAGCUAUAGAAGCAACAGGAUGAGUCCGAGCACCGCCACUUCGAAAGCUGGUGGUGGACGCAAGAGUGGUCAAUAUCGGAUGCCCCAGUCGCAAGUACAGCAGCAAUUGAGGGCACAACAAGCAGCCGACGACGAUGACGCCGCCAUGGACGCCCUGGAUGAUGCGAUGGUAUGUGACGAUGAGGAAGGCGGCACACGCAUCGGGGAUAUAUACAUACCCCCACCGAUACCGCCACACUGCUCCAUGGAGAGCACCGGCCCACGGCUGAUCAUCAAAAAGAUUGUGAAUCGAAAUUUCAAGAGCUACGCCAAUGAGGUGACGCUGGGUCCGUUCCAUCAGAGUUUUACGGCCAUCAUUGGACCCAAUGGCAGCGGUAAGAGUAACGUCAUCGAUUCCAUGAUGUUCGUUUUCGGCUGUCGUGCCAAUCGCAUUCGCUGCAAGCGUGUCUCCACCUUGAUACACAAAUCCUCGCGAUUUCCCGAUCUACGCAGCUGCUCGGUGGCCGUGCACUUUGAGCAGAUUGUGGACAAGGGCGAUGGCACCUGCCAGACAGUACCUGGCUCUGAGAUUGCCGUCGAACGCACAGCCAUGUCGGACAACUCGUCGUACUAUCAAAUCAAUGGACGUCGCGCACAGGUCAAGGAUGUGGUGAAGCUGCUGAAAACUCAUCACGUGGACCUGGAGCACAAUCGUUUCCUGAUACUCCAGGGCGAGGUGGAGUCCAUAGCCAUGAUGAAGCCGAAAGGUCUGACGGAGAACGAAACGGGCAUGCUGGAGUACCUGGAGGACAUUGUGGGCACCCAACGCUACAAACAGCCGCUGGAUCAGAUCAAUCAGCGCGUGGAUCAGCUCACCGACGAUCGCACGGAGAAGCACAAUCGCUGCAAGCUGGCCGAGCGUGACAUGAAGGACCUCGAGCAGCCAUUCAACGAGGCUGUGGAGUAUCUGAAAAAGGAAAACGAUUUGGUGCGCACAAAGUCCUGGGUCUACCAAAAGUCCAUCAGCUUGAAGAAGAUUUCCUUGGCGGAGCACACCAAGGAGCACGAGAAGUGUGCGGAGAAACUCAAAACACACGAUGAGGCCACGAAUGCGCUGAAGCAAGAACGCGCCGAGAAGGAGGAGAUUAUCAGAAAGGAAAUUGAGGCAUUUGAAGCGCUCGUCAAGCAGCGAGAUCAAGUCAAAAAGAAGCUGGUGAGCGCGGAGCGUGCCUGCACGGAGGUCCAGAGUACCAUGGAGAACACCAACAAGCAGCGCAAAAAGGACAAGGCGCAGAUCGAGAAGAACGAAAAGGAGCUGGAGGAUUUGCGCACAUUGCCGGAGAGAAAUCAGGUGGAGAUCGCGGAAUGUAAUAAGAAAUUGGAGCGCCUCGAAAAGGAUAAAGUUGCGCUGAAUGAAGAGCUGGAAAAACAAUUGCAAGAAUUGAAGCAGAAAACGGAGCCGCUCACCGAGCAGCGCCUGAAGCUGAGCGACGAGCUGGUGGGGCUCAAGGAGCAGGUGAACUCCUGCAAGGCAGCGCUGCAGGUGCACGAAUCGGAGCUGCGAAUGCUCAAGCAAGUGGAGACUACUGAGACCAGGAAGUACGAAUCGCUGAUGAGCUCCUACCAACAGUCGCAGCAAAAUCUGGACGAAAUGGUGGGCAAAGUGGCGCAGCUGAAGCAGGGCAUACCCGAGAUGAAAUCGGAGAUUGCCAGCAAGUCAGCGGAGGUGGAAAAGCUGACGAAGGAGGAGCGAAAUUUGUCCACAAAAUGCACAAAACUUAGGGAUGAGAUCAACGAGCGUUCGCGCAACAUGCAGUUCCAGCAAUCCAACAACAGAGUUUUGGACUUUUUGAUGCGUCAGAAAAUGGAGGGAAAGAUUCCUGGCAUUCUAGGACGUCUCGGUAACUUGGGUGGCAUUGAUGCCAAGUAUGAUGUGGCCAUUUCGACAGCGGCAGGCGGUCGCUUGGACAACAUUGUGACGGAGAACUUUGACACAGCUUCUAUGUGCAUUGCUGCCCUAAAGAAGCACAAUGUGGGCAGGGCGACGUUCAUUAGUUUGGAGAAUAUAAAGGAUUUGAAAGCAGAUUCCUGCACCACAAUUAAUACCCCCGAGAAUGUUGCGCGCUUGUACGAUUUGGUUAAGGUUGAGGAUGAUCGCGUGAGGGUCGCAUUCUACUUUGCCCUGAGGAACACGCUUGUCGCCACAGACCUCGAGCAGGGCACACGUAUUGCUUAUGGCAGGCAACGCUAUCGUGUGGUCACGCUGCGUGGCGACAUGAUUGAGUUGACGGGCACCAUGUCUGGCGGUGGCAAGACCGUCAUUCGUGGCAAAAUGGGCACCCAAGUGCAGACAAAGACUGCGGAGAGUGCAGACAGUUCGACCUCACAGACAGCCGCCCUGGAGGACAUGCAAAUCCAAGCGGAGGAGCUGCAAACGCGCAUCAACUAUUGCCAAGAGCAGCAGGGACGACUGGAGCGCGAAGUGCAGACCCUGCAGCAGACGGUGCAGCGGAACGAAGCGGAAUACAAGCGUCUGGAGGUUAGCAUCACAUCGCUGGAGCAGCAGAUGGCGAGUAAUCUGAAGCAGUGCGACAUGCAGCGACAAAAGAUGCUGAAAAAGACCACGGACGAGGAUGCCGUCAAGUUGCUAGAGGAACAAAUAGAAACGGCCAAGCAGGAACUGGAGCAGGCGGUGUUCGCUGAGCAGGCAAUGAGCAGCCAAAUCGAAGAGAUUCAAGGGCAGUACACAGCGCUGCGAAACGACAAUGUGAAGCCUGUGGAGGCGAAGAUCAAGAAAACAGCCACGCAAAUUGAGAAAUUAUCUGCCAACAUACGCUCCAUGAAUGUGGCGCUGAGCACAGCGGAGCGGAACAUUGAGAAGAUCACCGAAAACAAUAAUAAUCUGCGGGAGAACAUAAAGACAGCGGAGGAGAAGCUGCGCGCGUUGAGUGAUCAGCGACAAAGGUUUCAGGAGCACAAGGAAGAUCUGGAGAAGGCCGCGGAAGAGGCAGCCGAGGCCAUAGACAAUGCCAAGAGUCAGUCAUCGGAUUUGAAGAAACAAAUCGAUGAGCUCAGCAAGCAGGAGAAUCAACGCAACAUUGACCGCAUCGAAAUGGAGGCAAAAGUGCAGAGUGUAAAGGGCAUAAUUGAUCGCAUGGUCAAUGUGGAAAUACCUGGCUAUCAGGCGAAACUAAAGCCGCUCAAGCUCAACGAUAUACCAGGCGAAACGGAGCCGUUGAUGCCGCUGAAAGAACUCACCGAAGAUGAACUCAAUGCGGAGGCUCUGAGCGACAUGCAGUACAAGGAAACGGUGCUCGAGGAGCAGCUGCAGAAGAAGCCAAACCUCAAUUGCAUCAAGGACUUCAAUGAGAAGCGAAAUGUUUACUUGGAUCGCGUGCGCGUGCUCGAAGACAUCACCUCAAAGCGUAACGAGAUGCGCGACAAGUUCGAGGAGGUGCGCAAGCGUCGCUACAAGGAGUUCAUGGAUGGCUUUGGCAUCAUUACACACAAGCUCAAGGAAAUGUAUCAAAUGAUCACCCAAGGCGGCGAUGCCGAGCUGGAGCUGGUCGACUCCAUGGAUCCAUUCACGGAGGGUGUUAACUUCACCGUGCGGCCGCCCAAAAAAAGCUGGAAAUAUAUUUCGAAUCUCUCUGGCGGUGAGAAGACAUUGUCCUCUUUGGCGCUGGUCUUUGCCCUGCAUUACUACAAGCCCUCGCCGCUGUACUUUAUGGAUGAAAUCGAUGCGGCGUUGGAUUUCAAGAAUGUUUCCAUUGUGGCGCAUUACAUAAAGGAGCGCACGAAAAAUGCUCAAUUCAUUAUUGUGUCGCUGCGCGUAAACAUGUUUGAGCUGGCCAACCAUUUGGUGGGCAUCUACAAGGUGAAUGAUUGCACGCAGAACAUUACAAUGCUAAAUAAGCCGCCACAGCUGCCGGAGCAACCGCCGCGCAUGGCCUGCACAAUGGGUGCGACAAUUGCUAGCAACUUAAAUGCUGAAGAGAAUACAACUUGCAUGGAAAACACAAUUAUUCCACGAACCAACAGUAACAUCGAGAAUCCAUUAGAAGAGGAGCAGCAACAGGAGAAACAGCUGUCGACAGUGGGACCAGGCAGAGAUACAACAUUUGCACCACCCGUGGAGAGUACCGCUAUGUCACAGGCCAUACAGGAAGCAAAUGCCACCGGCAGAUUAACCACAAACAUGUCGCUAGAAAGCCCACCCAAUUCGCCGCCACAAGCGUAAGAUAAGAUGAACAAAAGUUACAAAUAUUGUGUGUCCCUGCGACACUUUAGACCUCCGAUCAGAGUUAUAUAUUAAGCAUUAACAAACAAAUCAUUUAAAUCUAACUAAAGUUACUCAUAA